UUUUAUCAUGUCAUUCACACCGUACAUCUUUCCAUCUUCUCUCUAUUUCCUUGAUUUUGUCUCCUUUUGUCACCUUUACAAUUGAGAGAGAGCUCUGUGAAGUCCAUCAAGUCGCUAUGGAGGGAAGGAGCAGUUCGGGUAGGGGCGUGAGUUAGAGAAGAGGUGGGGAUCUCGAUGGCAGAUCUGUUCCUUUUUCUCCUUCUUCCUUCUUCUUCAUUUAAUGAUCCUAGCAAAUCCCAUUAAUAAAACCCACGACCUGAGUUGGCGUUACCUGCGUUAUGUGACGUUUCUUCAUUGGUGAGGGAUUGAAGAUUGGAACUUAGAGUACUUAUUAAGGGUUUGAUCGUUGGGUAGAACAGAGAGUGUAGAGACCUUAAGCCAAAAUAUAUAUUUGUCUGCAUUUUCCUCAAGUUUGUGAUUGUUACAGGUGAUUCGCUUUAAUGGGUACUAUGAUGAAGUCUCCAAGGAGUGAUAGAGACAGAAUCAGCAAUCUUCCGGACCCUGUUAUCCAUCACAUUCUUUCUUUCCUCGAAAUGCAAGAACUUGCAAACUUUUCCCUUACCUCGAAAAAGCUAAGAGAAUUCUGCAUAUCCAUUCCUUUCUUGACUUUUGAUGGCUUCUUAUGGGAAGACAGAGGUCUAAAGGGUGAGUUGAUAAAUUAUAUGGACAGAUUGUUUGCUGUUCGAAAAGGAAUGGAGACCCAACGCGUAACUAUUCGCUGGCCUUUUGCCGCUGCCAAUGCUGAUGAAAAAUUCCGUGUUGUUACGUGGCUGUAUAAUGCAAUAGCAUGUAAGGUUCAGUUGCUUCAUCUCGAAAUCCUCCUCCUCAAUAGAGAAGAUGUUUUCUCGUUGCCGCUUCCUGUCUUUCAUUGUGAAUCAUUAAAGGAAUUAAAAGUAGACUUGGAUGGAGGCAUUCUUGAUAAAUUUCCCCUCUCAGGUGGCUUCUGCAAUCUCAAAUCCUUAUCUUUGAAAAAUCUUAAAAUUAGUAAUGAGGCUUUUGGAGAGUGGAUUUCAUCUUUCUGUAAGAACCUUGAAAAAUUAUUGCUUGCUUACAUUGAUGGGGUAAAGAAUAUUAUCAUCAAUAGCUCCACUCUUAAAUUUUUGACCAUUAAAGCUUAUUUCUCUAGUAGUCUCUGCAAUAUUAGCAUAUCAGCAGAAAUGCUCAAUGACUUUAUCCUGGGUUGGGAAUCUCGUUGUUUUAACGGCAAGUCAUUGAAAAUCUUUGCACCAAAACUUGUUUAUCUGAAGUGGGAUGGAUAUCUUGUGGAUUUUUAUUGCUUGGAAAACUCUAAGCAUAUACAGCGCAGUGCAAUCAAUCUAACGCUGGAUCCUUCAUUAGAUGGGCAUGAUAUUUCUAUUGAUCAGAACUUGACAAGACUACUUCACAGCAUAUGCACGAGUAGAACUCUAAUUUUAGCCUACGAAUGUAAUAAGAUUUUGUUUAAGCAGGGUUGCCUACCAUCUCUCUUCUGUAAUUUGAGCUGCUUAUUAUUAGAUACCAUCAAUUUAAAUGAUGAUUUGGUGCCUGCUAUAGCUUGCUUUCUCAAAGGAACACCUAAUCUGAAGACUCUUCACAUAAAAAACAAGAACUGCCUCUUUGCAGAUGAAUUAACGAAGUUGAAAUCAAAUUCAUAUGCAUUUACCAUACGAUAUUGGGAAUCUCAAAACCUAGCUUUUGUUCAUCAAUUGGAGGAAGCAACCAUAGAGCUGUUUGACAAAGGGGAUAAUGAGUUGGAGCUGAUAAAGUACUUGCUCAAGCAUGCUAGAACUUUGAAGAGGAUGACAAUCCUUUAUUCUUCUUCCUUUCCAUCAGUCUUCAAUAAAGAGGUAGAUGAUUACAGGAAGACUUCUACUGCUGAAAUAGUAUACAUAUAUAUAUAAGAUGCUGGGAAAUUUACUUAACCUUAAGCCUGUGAUGCCAUCAAGUAGAAACUGUGAUCUUUUUGGUUUGUGCUUAUGAAACUUGUAUGAUGAGAAAUUUCCAAAACUUUACAAAA